UGCUGUCAGAAUCUGCUUUCAUCAUAGAAUUUCCUCUUUUUCACUUUGGUCAAGAGAAGGCGCAAGCAAUUCGGUUCUGCCUUUUCUCUCUGAGCGGCAGAAAGGCCUGGGGGGACCAAUUCUCUCCACCAGAAUUAAUUCCUGGUAGAGACACAGAAAUCACUCAAGGUUAGGUUUUAACACAGACCUACUUCACCUACUCCCAAGAUGAGUGAUGAGGAGAUCACUUACACAACUUUGAGAUUUCAUAAGUCUUCUUCAGGGUUGCAGAAUGGAGGAAGGCCUGAUGAGACUCAAGGGCCCAGAGAAGCUGGCCACAGAGGGUGUUCAGUCCCCUGGUACCUCAUUGCUAUACCUCUCGGAAUCCUUUGUUCCAUUCUUCUGGUGGCCAUUGCAGUGUUGGUGACAUACAUGUUUCAGUACAGACAAGAGAAACAUGAUCAGGAGAAAAUCCUAAACAACUUCUACCAAAAAUACCACAUCAUGAAAAAUGACAGCUACUUAAAGGAACAAUUGUUGAAUAAUAAGUCUGCAGAGUGUGAUGCCCUCAAAGAUCGUCUGGACUAUGUCAACAGAGAAUCGAAGAGAUGCUACAGGGAAACCAAGAUUGUUUUAGAUUGCACACAACGCAUAGGCACAGGCAAGCGUGUUGAAGCACACUGGUUCUGCUGUGGCAUAAAAUGUUAUUUCAUCAUGAACAAUAAACACUGGAAUGAAUGUAAACAGGCCUGCAAGAACUGCAAGUUAUCCAUUCUGAAGACAGAUGAUGAUGAUGAUGAUGAUGAACUGACAUUCCUUGGGUCCCAACUUCAUCCAAGCACUUACUGGAUUGGAUUUCCAUCUGAUACAAAAAAAAGAAACUGGCAACAGACUGAUGCUGCCUCAUCUAAACUUAGUUUGACAAGACUGGGAUCAGUCCUUGACACAGGAGCCUGUCCAUAUCUCAGUUCAAAAGGUGUACUUUAUGAGGACUGUGAUAAAAUCCAUGGCUGCAUAUGUGAAAAGAGAAUGGGGAAAUUCCCUGAGUCAGUGUGCAAUGCAAGGUCUCAGUUGGCUGUGGAAUUUGAGUGAGUAGCUGUAAAGGGAAGAUAUUCUUCUAAAGUCUGACUUAAUAGAGUGGAAAACGACUUCCUUCCAGGUAGACAGAGCAGCUGUGUCUGGAGAACAGAACCCUUUACUCCUAGCCCUGAGGAAACACUCUUUUUGUUUCAUGAAUGACACACAAAACCAAAUAUAAAACCCUGACAAUAGCACACAUAUCUCAUCAUUACUAGGAUAAACCAUUUCUAUGUCCCAUGGCUUUGACAGCACAAUUAACAACAAUGAUACAGUUGUUGAUUUCUGUUUCUUUGAUAAUUGGUUGUUUAGUAUUUGAUAUUUUUUGCAGGUAGAAGUAUUUAUCUUUAAAAAGCAUUUAUUUUCUGUAAAAUAUAAUUUCAGACCUGAUGAAGUUGUCUAACUAGCUCAAUGAACCCAUACAACAUUUCAUAGUCCAUAUAUUCCCCCCUCCCCAUUUCUCUGAUGCAUUUGAUGAUAAGUUGAUACCCUAUAUAUACAGUAUAUUAAUUUUAAGUCAGUUGGAUGUGGUGUCUCAGACUUAUAAUCUUAUAGAUGCAUGAGUCUGACAGUUGUGUAGCCCACAUGGUUAAAGUUUUGGCCAUAAUGAGCUAUAGAGUGAGAUUCUGCUUCAUGAAACCUAAUUAUGAUAGUGAUAAUGAUAUUACUAUAAUGUUCACAAAUAUUUUUACAGACAAGAAAAUUCUUUUACAACAUCGUACUGAGAUAAAUAAAACUCAACAUAUGUAGUAUUGAUAUAGUAGUAUUUUCUAAUCUAUAAUCCAUAUUCAUAUUUGCCAUUUUUUUUGGAUUAUAUCACUGUUGAUAUUUUCUCUUGCUCAGGACCAUGCAGGGCAUUCACUUGUAAUGUCCUUUAGUUCUGAUAUGGUUAUUGACUUAUGUUUUUUUUUCUGACAUUAAAAAGCAAAAUAUUGG